UGUGUGGAUGACGUCAAAGGCGCCGUUUAAAAAGCUACCGGACCUCGCGAUCAGGCGCACUUACACGCGAGCCCCCGCGCGUGGAUAGCUUGCAGCGCGGGGAAAUGGAAGAAAAACGUGUGCGUGUGUGUGGUGAAGCGGCAAAUCAUAGCGGUCCACUUAUGUAGAAAAGGAAAAGUUGGAUGGGAAGUAACGGGCGGGACCGUGAGUUAUUCCCCUCAUUCUCACGAGCAUUGGAAUUUAAAAGGAAUGCGCGCAAAGAUCAUGUAAACUCACCAAAAGUGCAGCCAAGCUCUCAUGCAUGGACGCCAGGAUGUUGUCGGGUCAGGAGGCUCUCAACUUGAGCGGCUUCAACAUGAGCGACGAUCCGCAGAUGGCGCAGCCGCCUGACGAGGUCGAAGCGCGCCUGUCGUCCACCGGCUUCGCGGUGCUCUCCGUGGUGCUGGGCUUCAUCAUGACUUUCGGCUUCCUAAACAAUCUGGUGGUUCUGUUGCUCUUCUGCAAGUUUAAGAAGCUGCGCACGCCUGUCAAUAUGAUGCUGCUCAACAUCAGCGUGAGCGACAUGCUGGUGUGCGUGUUCGGCACCACGCUCAGUUUCGUCUCCAGCAUCCACGGACGGUGGCUGCUCGGCUCCAGCGGUUGUAGCUGGUACGGCUUCAUCAACUCCUGCUUCGGUAUCGUGUCGCUGAUUUCUCUGGUGAUCCUCUCUUACGACCGCUACAGCACUCUGACCGUGUACAACAAGCGUGGACCCAACUACCGCAAGCCACUGUUGGCCGUCGGGGGCUCGUGGCUCUACUCUUUGUUCUGGACGGUGCCGCCGCUCUUGGGCUGGAGCAGUUAUGGUGUGGAGGGAGCCGGAACCAGUUGCUCUGUGUCCUGGACGGUGCAGACAACCCAGUCGCACGCCUACAUCAUCUGCCUUUUCAUCUUCUGCCUGGGCCUGCCUGUGCUGGUCAUGAUCUACUGCUAUAGCAGGUUGCUCUGGGCUGUCAAACAGCCACAGGUGGGUAAGAUCCGCAAGACAACAGCUCGAAAGCGAGAGUUCCACAUCCUUUUCAUGGUUUUGACCACGGCCGCAUGUUACCUGCUGUGCUGGAUGCCGUAUGGCGUGGUGGCCAUGAUGGCGACAUUCGGUCCACCCGACAUCAUUAGCCCUGUGGCCAGCGUGGUGCCAUCCUUGCUGGCCAAGAGUAGCACAGUCAUCAACCCGCUCAUCUACAUACUCAUGAACAAGCAGUUCUACAGAUGCUUCCUGAUCCUGUUCCACUGCGAGAACUGGUCGGGGAAGAACGGCAGAACCUCCAUGUCGUCCAAGACCACCGUCAUCCAGCUCAACCGACGGCUCUCCAGCAACACGGUGGCAUGCGCAGCCCACUUCUCGAGCGACGCGCUUAAAACUAACGCCGAGCCUGCCGUCAAGCUGACCACGCCCCCCGAGGUUGUGACCUGAAACUGGCAGGCCUAAGGAAGUACAAACACACACAACAAGAAGUGGGAUAAUGCUUCAGCUGGUUGUGAUUUCUGGUGCAAAGUGGACUGCAGAGGACUAUGGACGAACGGGUUAAUGUCGUUUACAUGUGAGCUUUGUGUUUGUACAGAGAUGAUUCCCUUUUGUGUCCCAUGACUUUGACAUUUUUUUCAUUUGUGCUUAAUGUGCUAAAUGCAAAAUAAA